GACGAAGCGAAAACAAAAAUCAUCCCUCUCUCCUUCUUUGUCCUUUCUCUUCUUCUCUUCUUCUCUCCUAUCGUUUCCUUUUCCUCUUUCUCUCUCCGGCCGGGAGACCCACCAGCACAAACAUUCUCCGCCACCAACUUCCCUUUUUCUAUCUUCGUUGCGCCCCCAAUUCAUCAUCGCCGGUCUCGUCUCUUCCCCUUUCCUUUCCCUCUUCCAGCAGCGGCCACAGCUCACAAUCACUACCGACCUUGCUUCUUGACGCCGGCAUCAGCAGCGUUGUCACCAUUCAUCCAUCUCACCAGGGUUCCUCCUCGUCCGAUCUCUGUCUCACCUCGGUUUUCUUCAACGACAACCUCCACAACUCCUGAAAACAGCGGCCACCUCAGGCUGCCGAAAGAACAGAUAAUAACAGCAACCAACAGCCACGUGUAGCAGCUAUGGAAGCCGCCCAAGCCGUCUACUCUUCAUCCUCUUCGAUCUCCCUCUAGGUAGCGGUGGGCUGCACCGCUGACAGAAUCUAGAAGAAUACAAAGCCCCUCUCCUGCUUCAUCCAACACACGCCUCGAAGCAGCGUCGCCUCGUGGGACCAGACGUUCCGGGCGUCGACGCGUGACUGGCACGCGCCGUCAUCACUGUAGAGGCAGAAUCUUCAACAGGUUUUUUAGGCUUCUAUGAAGGUGCCAUUUUACAUUGAAGCCAGAACAAGAAAAAAGAGGGUCAGUUGAAGAGCCAUAAAAAACCUUCUUUUGGUAGUGGAUUGUCAAGGUUUUGAUGGUUAAAGAGGGCUUUUACUCUAUUUGUUUCAAGGGUUAUGAUGGAUUUGAUGGGUUUUGGUUUUGAUUCGGAUAAGAUUGAAGUCUGCAUAUAACAUGGUAUCUUUCUUGUCUUGUCUUUAUGGGUUUGAAUGAUUUCUUGAUUUUAGAGGUUUCAGCGAUUGAAUUGGUGGGAUAGAGAAGAGGGAAAACAAAAAGACAUGGAGGAGGAGGCUAACUCUUGGAUAAGGAGGACUAAUUUCUCUCACACAGUAUGUCAUCGUUUGGAUUCUUCAAGGCUGGCUUCUUUUCCUAUCAAUAUUCAGACGGAGAGAAUUGUGGGCUUGAAAUCCAGGCCUGGAACAGGAACUGCUUCUCCCAAGCAGAAAUCACAGCAAUCCUUUUUUAAUCAAAACUCGCAACACUCCUUUCCCAAUCAGAAAUCACUUUCCUUUCCCAGUCAUAAAUCAUCAAUGUCUAAUAAUUCUCAGAUUCAGAGAAAUCCACUCACCAAUAAGCAAAGAUCUUUAUCUCCUCUCCCUAAAACAAUCCUUCCUGAUACUUUUAAAGAAGCAAGGUCUGUUAAUAAGAGAUUCUCGACACCACUUCCUCGUAGAAAAGAUCAAGACAUGGGAAUUAUAGGAAAAUAUUUGCAUAAAGAGUUAAAAGAAACCAAGGAGAAGCUCAAUACAAGCCCACUUAGGCAUUUAGCCUUGAUGAAGGGUGGUCAUGAAAAGUUUAGGAGCAAGAAGGAAUCUGCCUGGACAAAGUAUUUUGAUCAUGGUGGAGGAAAGGUUAAUGCUGUGGAAGCAGCUGAUGAAUACAGUGUUGAUCUGUCUAAGCUGUUUCUCGGGCUUAGAUUUGCUCAUGGGGCACACAGUAGGCUUUAUCAUGGUUUAUAUAAAGAUGAACCUGUUGCAGUUAAACUUAUUAGGGUACCAGAUGAUGAUGAAAAUGGAAACUUAGCAACUCGAUUAGAGAAUCAAUUCAACAGAGAAGUCAUGCUUCUAUCUCACCUUCACCAUCCAAAUGUCAUUAAGUUUGUAGCAGCAUGCAGAAAGCCUCCAGUUUAUUGUGUUAUAACAGAAUAUUUAUCCGAGGGUUCCUUGAGAGCAUACUUGCACAAGCUUGAGCCUAAAACUCUCUCCUUAAGGAAAUUAAUGACAAUUGCUCUGGACAUUGCUCGUGGAAUGGAAUACAUUCACUCUCAAGGUGUCAUUCAUAGGGACCUUAAACCAGAGAAUGUCCUUAUCGAUCAAGAGUUCCACUUAAAGAUUGCUGACUUUGGUAUAGCUUGUGGAGAGGCAUAUUGUGAUUCACUGGCUGAUGACCCAGGCACUUACAGAUGGAUGGCGCCUGAGAUGAUAAAAAAGAAAUCCUAUGGGCGAAAAGUUGACGUGUACAGCUUUGGACUCAUCUUAUGGGAAAUGGUGGCUGGAACAAUUCCCUAUGAGGAUAUGACUCCCAUCCAAGCUGCUUUUGCAGUAGUGAAUAAGAAUUCAAGACCUGUUAUCCCGAGGGACUGUCCUGCUGCCAUGGGAGCUCUAAUUGAGCAAUGUUGGUCAUUGCAACCAGACAAGAGGCCAGAGUUUUGGCAGAUUGUAAAAGUAUUGGAGCAAUUUGAAUCUUCUCUUGCUCGUGAUGGAACCUUGAAUCUGGUACCGAACCCAACUUGCCAAGAUCAUAAGAAAGGAAUGCUCCAUUGGAUUCAAAAGCUUGGUACUGUGAAUCCUAAUAGCACACCAAUGCCCAAACCUAAAUUCACAUGAAUCUUUUUUUAUGGCUUGGCUUUUGUAAUGUACCCAGGUCACUUGUAAUUAAAAAGGGUUUUUUUUAAAGCUCCUUUAUUUGCACACUUCGCAAUCGAGGGUCAAUUUAAGAGAUUGGUAGGCGUAAUUUCACGUGAAA